AUGGAUAAAGACGAUGAAAAGAAUACCAUGAAUGACACAACAAGUGUAGAACACUCAUCAACUGUUGAAACAAAAACGACAACGGUGGAUUCUUUGGAUAGCGUACUUGCGAAUACAAACAAGGAAACCGAAUAUGACAGUAGCGAUUUGGAAUUAUCAUCAGAUGAUGAUUCUGAUGAAGAUGAAGCAACAGAUCAAGACAACCAUGAUGAUGACGAUGAGGACGAUGAGGAUGGAAACAAGAAGAUGCAACAACUUAGGACGGUGAAUGAGGUGACGGAUAUUGUGAUCAACAAACCUCAGUUUGAAAUGAAGGAAGAUACGGAGAUUCGACCAGUGGGUGAGAUAUUUAGUGUGAUUGACAAGACGGUGGUGGUACAAAGCCGACCAGGAUUGGCUGUUUUGGAUAUGGAAUCAUUGUUGGUAUUUGAAGAUCGAGUGAUGCUGGGUGAAGUAUUUGAAACCUUUGGUCCAGUGGAACGUCCUUUUUACUCUGUACGAUUCAAUGAUGCAGAUGAGAUUGAUCGAUCACAUGCCAUCGAUGGUGCUGCCAUUUACUAUGUGCCCUCAUAUGAACGUACUCAAUUGGUCCAGGUAGAGAAACUUAAAUUGAUCAAGGGAACGGAUGCCAGUAAUCGAUAUGAUGAAGAAGUUGGUGCAGAGGAAUUGGAAUUCUCGGAUGAUGAACAAGAAGCUGCUUAUCGUCAAUCCCUCAAGAGAAAGUAA